UCAUGGCCCCUCGCCCCACAUAGGGCACCCCUCGGCCCUCCUGCCCCCCACACCGGAACACCUCCUGCCAUGGAGGGCACGUCCGUGCUCAGCCCCUCGUCGUGGGAGAGGCGCCGCGCGUGGGUCCGGCAGAGCCGGAGCUGGAGGAACUCGGUGCUGGAGCACGACGAGGUGGUCGCUGCCCCAUGGGAUGCCCCCGAGCUGCAGCCACCCCACAUGGACCACGUCUUCCUCGAAGGAAGCUCCUCCAGGAAGAUCGAGACGUGGCUGCAGGAGUGUGGGUCAUCAGUUGAGGUCCAGCUGGAGGAGCCGGGCUUGCAGGGUCCCCACGUGUGUGGAAGCAAUGGGACCAGCUUCGAGGAUGACCUGACGCUGGGAGCUGAAGCUCUUCUGCUACCAGGGAGCAACAAGGCCAUGGUCAGGGACAAGCGGCUCAGCCUGGGGCACAGCGUGGCCUCCAGCCUCACUACCAAGACCAGCUCCAGCAUCUCCGAGGUCCUGGAGCGGUGGGAGGUGGAUGCUGAGGAGAUCCUCCACGACCUGGGCUUCGUGGGGAGCGAGCCGGGGACCGUGUCCCGUGUCCCCACACGCUUCUUCGCGGCUCCUUCCCGUGCCAAAGGCAUCGACUUCCAGCUCUUCCUCAAGGCCCAAGUGCGGCGCAUGGAGAUGGAGGAUCCCUGCUUGGUGCUGGCCAGUCGCUUCCAGCAGGUCCAGGCUCUGGCUGCCAUGGCCGAUGCCUUCUUCUGCCUCUACUCCUACGUCUCACAGACCCCAGUGCAGCGCAUCUCCCCCUCCUGCUGCUCCGGGGCUCAUCCCGGCAUUCCCAACAUCCACAUCCCGCCAGCCCAGUGUGGAACCCUCUCGCCCGUGGAGCGGCUGAAGAAGGCCGUGGCCACCAUGUGCCUCUACACGUCCCCAAGGGCUGAGGACAACCCGCGGGGGUCCACGCCGGUGCCCCCCAUCCAGCCCGGUGCCAUGGGCAGGGUGGUGCAGGAGGUGCUGGAGCAAUUCCGGUUCGAUCCAAGUGAUGUCCUGGAGGGAUGGAGAAGGGACACGGACACGCAAUGGGGAGCAAUGGGGGGUCCCCCAGCGCCGCUGGCACGGGGUGUCCCUGUGUGUCCCCACCAUGGUGCUGCAUGGGGACACCAAGAGCCACCCCGUCCCCAUGGCUGGGGGAGCGUGGACACCCCCGUGGUGGUGGCACAUGGGGACAGGGAUGCUCCGUGUCCUCCAGCAUGGGAAGAGCAUGGACCUGACACCGCUGCCAUGUGGGAUUGUGCCACCUUGUCCCCAGCGCUGGCUCCCCACGGCAGCAAAGUGUGGGUCACCCCCCAGCACCCAUUGGUCAAGGGGGACUCUGGCUUCGGCUCUGGCUCCUGUGGGACCUCCUUGGGGUGGAAGGCCGGGUCCCAUGGGUGCCACACGGGUGCCACCCCACACCCAGACACACCAAGAGCUGGUGGCCAUGGGGCUUGGAGCAGGAGCCAGCACCGAGGGGACCCAAGGGACACAGGGCUGCACCCGCCACCCCAGCGUCCCACCGUGGACUCCUUCGAGAUGGAGGAGGUGCUGAGCGCCAGCGAGGAGGAGGAUGAGGAUGAUGAUGGUGAUGAUGGUGAUGCCCACAAGGAACCCAUCCGGUCCCUCCAUCCCUCCGCUGCCAUCCGCAGAAGUUUCAUGCUCCACGCCAGCAGCGGGCACUCGGACAGCAGCGGCUUCAUGGAGGAGCCGGUGCUGGGGCUCAGCACCCACCCCAGGGCCUGAGGCCACCCGGGGGGACCCACGUGUGUCCCUGCGCCACAGGAGCCAGCGGGACCCAGAGACAGCGACCAGCCGUGUGCUGAGUGUACACGU